GGCUCAGUUCUAUUCCUAUACUUUUUGACAAUAUUUAGAGAUAUUCACCUCGCCGACUGUCAAGCUCGUAACUCGGUUGCCUCGACAUCCGUCCCUGUUGCUGUUGUCGCCUUCUUAUGCAGCGCGUCGGCGUGCUUCGUAUUGAGCUCGCUAUACCACGUCUUUGAGUGUCAUUCGAUCCACUUGCUGGAUUAUACCGGGAUUAUCGGCCUUAUAGUGGCUUCGAGCUAUCCCUGGAACUACUAUUACUGGUUCUGCGAACCCCGCUACCAGUUGUUCUACUUGUCAAGCGUAACCGUUGUUGGAGUCGGAGCAGCCGCCGCUAUCGCGAGUCCACGGUAUAGCCGUCCUGAGCAUGCCUCCGCAAGAGUGCUGCUCUUCACGUCCCUCAUGGUUAUCAACGUCACUGCUCUCGUCCACGCCGCGAUACGCGAUGGGUUCCAGAAGCUCUGCGAGACUAUGGGUGUCCGAUACAUCCUCUGUUCUUGGGCGUUCUAUUUGCUUGGGGGAGUCCUGUAUGCGAAGAGAUUUCCAGAGAGCAAGGCGCCUGGAAGGUUUGACAUAUUCGGUGCCUCUCACCCGCUCCUGCACAUAUGUGUGAUCAUCGGUGCCGUUCUGCACUACGUCACUGUCUUGCGAAUAUUCCAUCAUUGGCACCCUGCUGUUGGUCUGGCCAAUGGUACGUAA